AUGAAUAGAUACGUAGUCGAAAAGAAAUUGGGAAGUGGAAGUUAUGGAAGUGUCUUUGUAGUGCACUCAACAACUAAUAUUGAUAAGAAAUAUGUGAUGAAAAAGAUUCCAUUGAAGGGUCAAUCUCAAAAGGAAAAGAAUAGUGCCAAGCAAGAAGUCAAGCUCUUGCAAACACUUCAACAUCCCUUCAUUGUCCGAUACAUUGAUUCAUUUAUGGAUGAGGAGAGCAACUUGUGUAUUGUUAUGAGCUUUUGCAAAGGAGGUGACUUAUCGAACUUUAUUCAGAAAAAUUAUCUCAAUCAAAGAGUUCCAGAAAAGACUGUUUUGAAAUUGUUUGUCCAAUCAGCUCUGGCUCUCUAUUUUAUUCACAAUCAAAAGGUUUUACACAGAGAUUUGAAAUCACAAAAUAUUUUCUUAUCAGAGAAGGGAAAUGUUAAAUUAGGAGAUUUUGGUAUUGCAAAAGUGUUUGAUGAAUCAGGAAUGAGAACUUGUGAGCAAAUGGCCCAAACUACAAUUGGAACGCCAUUGUACAUGAGUCCAGAACAAUGUGGAGGAUCAAAAUAUAGUUAUAAAUCGGACGUUUGGGCUUUGGGAGUGAUUCUUUAUGAAAUGGUUAACCAAGGUGCUUUGCCAUUCAAAGGAAAAAAUAUUCAAAUGCUUUUCCUUAAUAUUCAAAAAGGUUAUUAUUCCCCAAUCAAGAAUGUGAACCAUUACAAUAGUCAACUCGUAGGAUUGAUCACUAAAUGUCUCCAAACAAGACCAUCGAAGAGACCAACGCUUAAAGAAAUUUUACAAACCCCAAUUAUUGUAAAAUAUAUUAGA